UUGUUUUCCUCUUAAAAGUUGGCAGCACUGAUCGUACAGCUGAUUGUCAACAACAAAAAAAGGAUGCAAAUCGCAUUAGUUUAGUUAGAUACAUUAAUUAUAAGAAAAAAGUUAUAAGAAUGGUGCGGAUUACCUGGCGUGCUAACUCCGCACUGAGUUUAAUUUCAAGACUUCGCUUACGCUGGUCUUAUAUGAAGCAUUGCUGGCAUUCCCUGACAUUCAACGCACACAUGAAUUCUGGAUAUGCGACCGAUGUAUGCAUGACACCAAUCUUCUGGAUUGUAGACAAUUAUACGUAUUGUCUUGGCCCAUUUUUCGUUGUCGGCGUUGCACUUUUGACCGCCUCCGUUGUCAGCAUUGCCUAUUGGAUUGGCCUUCCCUUUUGGUGGGCCAAGAGUCAAUUGAUGACAAUUUGUCUGCUCAUCUUUGGCAACUGGCUGCUGUUGAAUGUCAUAUUCCACUAUGUGAUGGCUGUGAUUACGCCCGCUGGUUACCCGCCGGAAGGUGUUUCCCAUGUGGAGGCAGUUAGCAUGUGCUCCAAAUGCAUUUCGCCAAAGCCCCCGCGAACUCAUCACUGCUCCGUGUGCAAUCGCUGCAUAUUGAAAAUGGAUCAUCAUUGUCCCUGGCUUAAUAACUGUGUCGGUUAUGGGAAUCAUCGAUACUUUUUCCUCUAUAUGCUGUAUACAACUGUCGGAUGCCUGUUUCUUAUAAUCGCUGGACUGGAGAUUGGCCACAAAUACCUUUGGUUGGAUCACAGCGAGCCCUGGACAGAGUUGGAGCCCCUGGAAGGUCAUCCAGUAACAUUCAAUUUAAGUGGACAUAUUAUAGCGGUUACGCAUCCAAAAGAGUAUGAUGAUAUUCUGUUGCCACCAGCUGUGCACAAUCUGCCCACACCCAUAGAUGAUCCGGAGACAUCAUCACCGACACGUCGGCGUGCCUUGUGGUUCAUGGCCUUUAUCAAUGUUGGUGUGGUCAUUGCCUUGGGCAGUCUUUGCACCUGGCACGCCAAGCUGAUAACACGCGGCGAGACUAGCGUGGAAGCUCACAUUAAUGAGGCGGAAACCAAGCGACUUCUCAAGCAACAGCGCAUUUACAUUAAUCCCUAUAAUUUUGGAACCAAAAAAAACUGGAAACUCUUUCUUGGACUCGUGCGCGGCAGAUCCUUUUGGCGUACAGUGCUGUUGCCAUCGUGGCACAAGCCCGAAGGUAAUGGACUCAGCUUUCAUACUGUUCACGAUGUUCUGUUCGAGGAUGAGUGGCCAUAAUCCUUAGUCUGCGUUAGUACGCAGAAAUGAAGCUUUUUGUGAUUUCAAAUUAGCAUAGUUAAGAUAAAAAUUAAGUGAAAAUUUAAAUUAAUAAUAUUAAGUGAAGAAGUUCCAUUAGAACAGCAUUUAAUAAUAUUUAUUCCAUAGAUUACUUAAAUAUAAAAUGCUUUAAGACUUUUAAUUCAGCGUUUCCAUAGAGAUAAUGAGCACGAACUUGAUUUAAGUUUUAGAAACUUUUAAAAUAAACAAAAUACUAGUUGUAAA